GCAGGAUAGCAUAGUUAGUUUUUUAUAUGCUAAUAAAUGAUUCAGUUUAAUUUUAUAGGAUAAAUGACUCAGUAUACUAACAAGAUAGGUGGGUUAUUUAUCACAUAAUACUAAAUAGUCAUUGGUAAUCAUCUUUGAUAGGUGAAUUUACAUGUUUCCAUUUAGCUCAGUGUCGUUCUGCCCUAGCCUUUCAUCUCCUUUGAAGUCCAUCUUCUCUGUCCACCCUCCUUUUGAAAGUUACUAUCUGAGCCUACGUGCCGUGACCAUCAUCAUCUCUUGAGUUGCGGUAGCAGCUUUCAGCGGCACAGUUUAAAAAGCCUCUCGUCGGUUGUUGACACUUGCAAAUAACAUUUCCAGCGCAUGAUGGCUUUUACACGUCUGGACUGUGUAAGAGCACAGCAAUCCGGCCCUUUAUUUAUGCGCCGCUGCUCUCAAGAGGAAUGACCUAACAUGGAAAGACUGACUUCUCCGCUCAUCACCAAAAUAAAUGCAGCUGGACAGGACUCCAGAGUUCUGCUGGACUGACUUUGUGGGGUUGUUUUCACUUUAUGUGCUUUUUUUCUUCAAAAUUCAACCACUGAGCAACCAAUGAAAGCGUCCGACCCUUUGAAAUCAAAGCUGUGCUUCAGAGAGCUUCAGUAAGCCGACUGCCAUGGCCCUGGCUUGUGCACCAUAGCUCGUUUCCUUCAGUCCUUCACUUCACAGGCCAAAAAUCUCCCAGUCAUGAGUAUCCAGGGUAUGGAACUGUUUGCCAUAGUAGUGGUCAUUAUCCUCUUCGUGGCCGUUCUCAAGCAGUUUGGCAUUCUGGAGCCCAUGUCUCUGGAAGACAGCAGCGACAGUGACCUGGAGCUAUCCACCGUCCGGCAUCAGCCAGAGGGCCUGGAGCAGCUGCAGGCUCAGACAAAGUUCACCAAAAAGGAGCUGCAGUCCCUCUACAGGGGCUUUAAAAAUGAAUGCCCCAGUGGGCUGGUCGAUGAGGAAACUUUCAAGACAAUCUACUCUCAAUUUUUCCCCCAAGGAGAUGCCACUACUUAUGCCCACUUCCUGUUCAAUGCAUUUGAUCUGGACAGAAACGGGUCCAUUCGCUUUGAGGACUUUGUGAUUGGUCUUUCUGUUCUCCUGAGGGGCUCCGUUACAGAAAAACUCAACUGGGCCUUCAACCUUUAUGAUAUCAAUAAAGAUGGAUACAUCACCAAAGAGGAAAUGUUGAUGAUCAUGAAGUCUAUCUAUGAUAUGAUGGGUCGGUACACUUACCCCAGUGUAAGAGAUGAAGCGCCGUCUGAACAUGUGGAAAAGUUCUUCCAGAAAAUGGACAGAAAUCGAGAUGGUGUGGUCACAAUCGAGGAGUUUAUUGAGACGUGUCAGAAGGACGAAAACAUCAUGAGCUCCAUGCAACUCUUUGAGAACGUGAUCUAGUUCAACUGAACCGAACACUCCUCCAAACUCCAACCUCUCCACACCUCCCACCUCUCCAGCACACAGCAGAUUAGCCCAUCUGACUAGCAUAGAGCCUUGCACUCCAGCCAGCUGCACUCCAAUAGAGCGUGUAGAGUAGCACACCAGGGUUAGUAAGGGUGGGGGGUGGUGGGGUGGAUGGGGGGGUCCUGUUUUUACUGCACAGCACAAUGAACUUUGUGGACGAGCUGGUGGAGCUGACCUCUGCCCUUUUGCGAACCUCCACGCCACCAGCCUGCCUGGGUCGGCCUUGACCGACCAUCUUCCUGCUCAUCUGACAUAUAAGCCCCAGUCUGAACCUAUGGAUUGUCUUGGUUGUUCAAGGAACAUUCAGGAGGGGGCUAUCAAAGACUUGAAGAAGAAGAAGAAGAAG